AUGCUGAGGACUCUGCGCACGACAGCGCGCGCUGUCCAUCUGCGCCCCUUGCAAUCCCUCCAGCACCAAGCAACCAUCCUGCCUCUGCCCGCCUAUAUGCAACAUGUUCGCACAUACGCCGACAAGGUCGUCAAGGUCCCUCAAAUGGCAGAGUCCAUUUCAGAAGGCACCUUGAAACAGUGGAGCAAGCAGGUCGGCGACUUCGUCGAGCAGGACGAGGAGAUUGCCACCAUCGAGACCGACAAGAUCGACGUCGCUGUCAACGCCCCCGAGGCCGGCACGAUCAAGGAGUUCCUCGUCAACGAGGAGGACACUGUUACCGUGGGCCAGGACAUCGUUCGCCUGGAGCUCGGAGGCGCCCCUCCCGAGGGCGCCGACAAGUCCGAGCCCAAAGAGCCCCCUCAAGAGAAGGCCAAGGAAGAGACCAACGAGCCGGAGAAGAAGCCCGAGUCAACACCCGAGUCAAAGCAACAAGACAGCAAGCCCGCGCAGCCGCCUGCGGCCCCCGAGAAAAAGGAAACCCCCCCUUCCUCGAAACCGGCAAAGGAUGCGAAAGACGCGCCCGCGCCUGCUCCUUUGGGCGACCGCGAGGAGCGCCGUGUGAAGAUGAACAGGAUGCGCCUGCGAAUUGCCGAGCGCCUCAAGCAGUCUCAAAACACCGCCGCCUCCCUGACCACCUUCAACGAGGUCGACAUGUCGUCCAUCAUGGACUUCCGGAAGCUCUACAAGGACGAGGUGCUCAAGAAGACCGGUGUGAAGCUUGGUUUCAUGAGCGCCUUCACUCGCGCCGCUUGCCUGGCUAUGAAAGACAUUCCUGCCGUCAACGCAUCUAUCGAGGGGCCUGACGGGGGCGACACGAUCGUGUUCAGGGACUACGUGGAUGUCAGCGUUGCCGUUGCUACCGAAAAAGGCUUGGUGACACCGGUCGUGCGGAAUGCCGAGAAGAUGGACAUGGUGGGGGUCGAAAAGGCCAUUGCCGACCUGGGCAAAAAGGCGCGCGACGGCAAGCUCACGCUUGAGGACAUGGCCGGCGGUACGUUCACCAUCAGCAACGGCGGUGUCUUUGGCUCACUGAUGGGCACGCCAAUCAUCAAUUUGCCACAGACCGCCGUCUUGGGUCUGCACUCGAUCAAGGAGCGGGCCGUUGUCGUGAAUGGCAAGGUCGAGGCUAGGCCAAUGAUGUACCUCGCCCUGACUUAUGACCACCGCUUGCUUGACGGUAAGGAAGCUGUCCAGUUCCUGGUCAAGAUCAAGGAGUACAUUGAGGACCCCAGGCGUAUGCUGCUGUAG